CGAUUGUGUCUUCACGCCCACAUCUCCCUCUCUCUCUCUGUCUCUCUGUGUGUGUGUGUUGCGACGUUGCAGCUGUGAUGGAUGCCGAGUCUCGGUUGAAGGCCAAGGAGGCGGACCUCCGUGCAGUCGAGUCGGCUCUCGAGCAGAAGAUGGCCGCGACUCACGAGAAAGAAGAGACCGCCAAGGCCGCUCUCGCCGCCCAAGACAAAGCCGCCAAGGAGAGCCUCAAGACACAACGGUGGGUGGUUGAGACAGACACGACGUGAUGGACGCACGAUGGCAUUGGUCUGGAAAGGUGCGUGUCUCAUCUUUGCAUGUGUGUGUGUGUGUGUGUCAUUCGUUGACGUAGUGAGGCCGCUGAGUCUGCAGUGCUCGAGGACGCGAGAGCCGCUGCUGAGCUGGGCGGCGAGGCCGCAAUGACGGCCAUGGCGUCCACCAUGGCACGCCAGAGUUAACCCACAGACAGACAGACAACAUCCGUCUCAUUUGCGUGGAAUCAUGAGAGGCGUUGGAUGAGUGGAGAGUUGAGUGACUUCAUGAAUAUAGCAGCAAAUGCAAACCCAC